UGCUGGUGGGUUCCAUGAUCUCGGUCGCUUGACGACACCGCCAACCCCCAACAGCACCAAGCGUAUCCCCACACACGAACAACACGACGGGCAUCCACCACCACCUCCGACAACAGCAAGCACAGUGGCAUCACAAUGGGAGCAGCUGCAUCUCAAGCAAACGGGGCUGUGGUGAAUGGAGCGACAGGCACGGUAUCACAGCCAGCAAACUACGGCCUGGUGGCCGAGUCCCGCCUGCUGAGGCUGCAGAAGGACUUGGACGCCGCAAAUCACACCAUUCAAAGCUUGCGCAACAAGCUGGCCAAGGCACAGACAGAUGUGGGCAAGUUUGAGAAGAAGCAGGCUGACCUACAGCUGACCAACCAGCUCCUCCUGAAAGAGGUUGACAAGCUCCGAUGCAUCGCAGACCAACACCGACGACGUGACGUGUCCAUCACUGCCGGUGCAAAAGCCAAAGAGGCAGGCCUUGAUGAUGACAUCGUUGGUCACACUCCACCGGCGCUUGGCACAGACCACAUGCGCCCUGGUGCCAAAGAUCUCCCUGGCGGCGGCGGCGAUGACGACAUGACAGCAGCAGCCUCCACAGAACCCGCACACCAUCGCCGUGGUGUUGUUGCGCUCGCACCAAAGAAAGCGGAGGCAACCAGUAUCCCAAAGACGCGCGUGCUCGACGACACAACGCGGGCGCUGAUCAUGCGAGCGUUGCAAGCGAAUCCGUACACGUCCAAGCUGACGCUUGCCCAGCAGCGGGAAGUGGCUGUGCACAUGUCCGUGCAGGACAUUGCACCCGGCGAAGUCGUUAUUCAGCAGGGCGACGUCGGCGAAUGUCUCUAUGUCAUCGCAGCUGGAAUUGUGACGGUGUCCACGGCGACAAGCGAUGUGCAAAACGACAUCAUGGCCGGCACCGUGAUUGGCGAACUUGCUCUCCUCUACGACUGCACACGAACCGCAACCAUCACUGCGAAAACAAAAGUGAAGGUGUUCGCCAUCGAUCGCCACACUUUCAAGAUUGUUGCUCGAGAGGCGAAACUGAAGGAGCGGGAGCGCCUGCUGUCGCUGUUCCAGCAGAUGCCACUCCUGCGUGGACUCAACGACGACUACGUCCUCACCAUUGUCGACCUCGCAAAGGAGGUUGCGUUUGACCAAGGAGAAGCCAUUGUAGAGGAAGGGCAACAUGGUGAUGUGUUCUAUCUCAUCACGGAAGGACAGGUUCUUGUGACGCAAGACAACAUCAAGCUGCGGACAUUGCGCAAAGGCGAUCACUUUGGCGAAGGGGCGCUGCUGGAGGCAUACAACAUUCGCACGGCGACGUGCAAAGCGCUCACGGAAGUCACGUGCGCGUCCCUCUCCCGUGAGGCCUUUCUGAAACACAUUGUUCCCCUGGAGGCACUUGGGCGCCUCAGCUACCUCGAUGUGCGACAGGAAGAGGAGGAGAGUGUGAAGAAUGAGUGCAAAGAGGAAUUCAAACACAUCACACUGGAAAGCCUCGAGCAGCGCCGCAUCCUUGGUGUUGGGGCGUUUGGACGGGUCACGCUCGUCAGAGAGGCAGAAUCGGACCGCAUGUUUGCGCUCAAGGCCAUUGCAAAAGCGCACAUCAUCGAAAACGGACAGGAGGACUACGUCGUGUGCGAGAAGAGGGUGAUGGAGAGCCUGAAUACGCUGUUCUGUGCGCCGCUGUAUCGAACAUUCAAGGAUGAGCGCUACAUCUUCAUGCUCACAGAGGCACUGCUUGGAGGUGAACUAUGGAAACACCUGAGGGCUGCCGGGCGGUUCUCGGAUGACGCGGCCAAGUUUUACGUCGCCUGCGUUGUUGAGGCGUUCUCCUUUCUCCACAACAGAAGCAUUGUGUAUCGCGACCUGAAGCCAGAAAACAUUAUGAUGACCAGCACAGGCUACGUCAAACUGGUUGACUUUGGUUUUGCGCGCAAACUGUCACGCGGCACCAAGACUUGGACGUUUUGCGGGACACCCGAGUACAUGGCGCCAGAGAUUGUGAUGAACCAGGGCCACGACGGCGGUGUGGACUACUGGGCGCUUGGCGUCCUCACCUACGAGUUGCUCAGUGGCAGGACCCCAUUCGCGUGCAACGAUGACAUGGACACGUACAAUCUGAUCAUCCUGGGUAUUGAUCACGUACGCUUUGACGCCGCCGUCUCUGGCGACGCGCGCGACCUCAUCCUCGGCUUCUGCAGGGAAACGGCGAGUGAGCGCACGGGGUGCGACAAGGACGGCAUCAAAACCAUUCAGCGCCACCGCUGGUUCAAGGACUUCAACUGGCCAGCACUGGAGACACAAACGAUGCCCGCCCCAACGGUGCCAACCCUCGAUGGACCCGAAGACUGCAGAUACUUUGACGAAUACACGCCACGCGAAGAGCCGCCAGUCAUCGGAUCCUGCCCAUGGGAUGCAGACUUUUGAC